GGAGCGUGACUCGGCACGAGGCUGCGCUGAGUCAGCGCCCGGAGCCGAUAAAGCCGCGGCGGCUGCGCCCGUUCCUCUGUGCCCGUCCGUGCCCGUCCGUGCCCGUGUUCGUGUUCCCAUCCCCGGAGCGAGGGUCCCGCUGCACUAUGGAGCUCCCGUGGCUGGGCGAGCACUGCUCCGAGCGCUCCUGCAAACAGCUGGAUUUCCUUCCUCUGAAAUGCGACGCAUGUGGGGAAGUCUUCUGUAAAGAUCACGUCCGUUAUGAUGACCACAAGUGCAGCUCUGCCUACAAGAAAAAUGUGCAGGUCCCCGUGUGUCCCCUCUGUAACACACCUAUCCCAGUGCAGAAGGGAGAAAUCCCAGAUAUUGUGGUUGGAGCACACAUAGAUAAGGACUGCAAAUACAAUCCAGCACAGCAAAAGCAGAAGAUCUUCACAAACAAAUGCUUAAAGCCAGGCUGCAAAAGGAAAGAGAUGAUGAAGGUGGUUUGUGAACAGUGUGGUGGCAACUUCUGCAUCAAACACCGGCAUCCUCUGGAUCACGACUGCAGAGGGAGCAGCCAGCCCAUCUCCAAGGCAGGAUACGCAGCUCUGAUGAGAGCCUCUCAGCCCACCUUCAAGUCCCCGGGAGCAAUUGGAGUGCCAUCUAAUGGGAAUCGUCAGCACAACAGGUAUCAGCGGCACAAGGAGUAAAAGCAAACAUUUCUUAAGACUUGGCUGCUGUCCACACGGGCACCAGUGCCACUGUCACACCUCUAACUGCUCUAGAGUUGGUAGCUGACCUGUAAAUGCUGUUGGGAGUGCAGCAUAGGGGCUCUGACAGCACAGGUAAAUCCCUGCUUCUCCACAGUGAUUAAAGUGGCCACAUAGCCACAAGCAUGAGGACACCAAAUUGUUGUAUUUGCAGCUUGGUCUCCCACCUGCUCAGUGAGUUUGGAAAAGUGGUGUGUCAUCAGAAUGCUGAGGAAAGCACAGCAGACACCUGAAUUAAAUUAAAUGGCCCAAGCUCUUCCCUGGCAUGUUGUAACUCCUUGUGACUGGAAGUUUGAGCUGUGUAACCAGUGCAUUUUUGUCUUUCAGGUGCAGAUAGUAGAGGCUCUUCACAUCUGGAUCAAACCUUUAUUUUAGAGUUAAUCUUUUCUCUCUCUCUUUAAAUUUCUACGCAAUUAACUUAUUUUUGUAUCAUAAUUUUGUGUGCAUUCAAUAAACUGUUUCCCUUUCCAA